GGGCUCCGCCCAGCUCGCUCCCGGUGGGCGGGGCGACAGCUGAGCUGGGAGAAGAGGCCGGGCGGCAGCUGCGUGCAUGCGCAGAAGAGACCUGCGGGAUCGGGCGCAGUGGUCGGCCUGUUUUAAGAUAUUUGAGACAAGAUGCAGGACCCCAAUGCAGACACUGAGUGGAAUGACAUCUUACGCAAAAAGGGCAUCUUGCCCGCGAAGGAAAGUUUGAAGGAACUGGAAAGGGAGGCAGAAGAGGAAGAGCAGCGAGUCCUUCAGCAGUCAGUUGUGAAAACAUACGAAGAUAUGACUCUGGAAGAAUUGGAGGAUAAUGAAGAUGAAUUUAAUGAGGAAGAUGAACGAGCUAUUGAAAUGUACAGGCAGCAGAGACUGGCUGAAUUGAAAGCAGCUCAACUGAGGAAUAAAUUUGGAGAAGUUUUGGAGAUCUCAGGAAAGGAUUAUGUUCAGGAAGUUACCAAAGCCGGAGAGGGCUUGUGGGUGAUCCUGCACCUUUACAAACAAGGGAUUCCCCUCUGUUCCCUGAUAAACCAGCACUUCAGUAGACUUGCCAGGAAGUUUCCUGACGUCAAAUUUAUCAAAGCCAUUUCAACAACCUGCAUACCCAAUUAUCCUGACAGGAAUCUGCCCACAAUAUUUGUUUACCUUGAAGGUGAUAUCAAGGCUCAGUUUAUUGGACCUCUAGUGUUUGGUGGCAUGAACCUGACAAUAGAUGAGUUGGAGUGGAAAUUGUCUGAGUCUGGAGCAAUCAAGACGGACCUGGAGGAAAACCCUAAAAAGCCAAUUGAAGACGCCUUGCUGUCCUCAGUGCGCAGCUCCAUCCCCAUGAGCAGGGGCAGCGACUCCGAGGAUGACUGAGCUGUGCCGUACUGUCCUGCCUGCGCAGUGCCCUCUUGGUUCCUGGGUUGAUGCUCAACCACUGAGCCACACCGGCUGGGCCUGAGCUUUCUUGAUAUGACAGAUGAUCUGGAUUUUUUUUUUUAAAAAGGAAAAAGUAGGAAUGAAUCCUUUGUUUUUUAGCCUUUUAUAAUUAUGUUUCAAAUCUCGUAGUUCUCAGGAAUAAUCAUUGCUGGGAAUCCUAUUGGAUUUCUUAGAACUCUUUUUAAAUUAAUAACAUUUUCUUAAAAAAAAUAAAGACCAGCUGUUGGUAUGGCAAAUGUCUUUGUUUUCCUCACUUGUGGUUUAAGAAAGCUAUAAAAGUAUUCACUAUUUAUUCACAUAUCAUUAUAUACAAAGGAAUAUGGAGGUUUUUUUAAUGUGAAUAAUAUAUACAGUGGAAAAACUGCAAACUAAGCUUUACAGUUACAUUAUUGUUUAUAUUCUUUUAUAAAGGUAGCAAUAGAAUUAAUAGCUCAAAGGGAUGAUUGGUAGGGAAAAAAAUCUUAGUAUUUAUCCUAUUUAAAAGAAUAUGCAAUGAUUUUUAUAAAAACAAACACUAUCUUCUUAAAGCAAUAACUGAAAGAUCUCAAUUUACUGCCACUUGGGUUAAAUAUUUUUUCCAGCUAAAGUAGUUUUUUGUCUCAAACUGUUGAGAUGUCAGCUAAUCUCAGUUACUGCAAAAGGCUACCUUAAUUUUUUAAAUAAACAUGUAAGCAUGCACGUAGAUAAACAGGAUCUCAACCAGUUAAUAAAAAGCACAUCAAGAUACUUUUCUGCCUAGAAUCCUCUUAGCAUUUAUCACUUCUUAACAAAUCAACAUUAACACAAUAAUUAGGGGAAAUAUUAUUCCCUAAUAUUUGUGUUGAAUGGUGUAGCAUUUAAUGCUGGUUUGAAUCUUAAAAAUAUGAAUCAGAGAGGGAACAGAGUUCCUUCCGAUUAUCUUGUAAAAUUUAUUUUUGCUGUAAUUCCACCAAUGACAAGUAGCUUUGAUUCAUCUGUCAGAACUGUUCGUGUUAGUGAAUAUUGGUUUCUCUACACACAUGAGAGCCAGCGCUGUUGAUAAAAAGCUACUCUGUCACGGUUUACCUUGAAGCAUCUUUUCUGAAAUUUUCAUUGCAGGGUUAAUACAAGCUUGGGCAGGUCUGUCAGUUGAAGGAGAGCUGCUUUCUUAGGUUUUCUGUUGUUAGCUGACAGUGAAAUGAAGUGCGGUGGGAGGAACACAGGUGAAGGCUCGAACACUGCAUCUCCUAAGGGCUGCAGUUCGCGCAGCUCCCAGAAGAAGAGAACUGUGCUUGAAUGUUGGCGGGCCGGUGAGCCAGGUCCACAGUGAUGGCGCCUAUACCAGAUGGAAUUCUUAAUGUUUGCUGUACCACUUGGAGCUAUGUGAGUGUGUAAACUGCCUCAUAAUCUUGCCUCCAGGCCAGACUAAGACACUUAGGUUGUGGUCAAUUAAAGCUCAGUUGCCUGUGGAUUUGGCUCAUGAGCCCCCUCUGGCCACAGAGCCCUAGGCCCCAGGCUGCUGUUUAGUCAUGCUGACCAAACUUGAUAAAAAAGGUAGAGAGAGACCGGCUAUGGCCACAUCACCGAAUGCGCCCAAUCUCAUCCAAAAAGAGAGAGAGAAGCAUCUCUAUCCUAAAAUAACUAUUGGGAUUUAGAACCUGACCUGCAGAUUUCUACAGGUUAAUAGAAAUCUGGGAGAUUUUCCUAUAAUAUUCACCAUUAAUGUCCUUCUAUUUGGAGCAUUUGUGAUGUGACAAAAAUGAUACAACUUGGCUCUUGAGCAUUGAGUUCAUCUAAUUUCACAGCAGAAAAGUGACCAGGGAGCCAGAGCCUGUCUUCGGGGGAAAAUGAAACACACUGACUAUGGUCAAACACCGGAUUUUUUCUUAUUUUCCUUAUUUGUGGAGGAGAAAAAGGAUGUCAAUAGAUGGAGUACACCUUCUCCAUUGCAAACCUAAGUUUUCAUUCUCACAGACAACUGUUUCGGCAGAGGCCCUCACACGGUGGUUUCUGGGGCGUCAGGAGCACUUCAGAAAAGUCGUACCGGAUGGAAAGGCACUUUCUGAGCAAUGUGAAAGGCUGUGUAGAACAGCGGUCACCAACCUUUCGGACCUCACGGACCACCAGUGAUCCACGGACCACCGGUUGGCAACCGCUGGGUUAGAAGGGUGUCCCCUGUCACCAGUGCCUGAAUUUGUUGUCAUCUGUUACCUUCAGCUUUUAAUUCAGUUUUCUUAAAUAAUCAGCACAAAUUUGGACAAAGUGCUUUUCAAAUGUGACAGGCUAAAUGUGUUGUGAUUGUGUUUCCUACUUUAGAAACAUGUCCUGAUGAAAGUGAUUUUGUCCUGCUACGGAAACCAGUUGUUACUCAUAAAUACAGCCUUUUGACAAGUGGCUUUCAACACGUGUUCUUGAUACUGUUCACAUUUACACAGCAGGUGGUGCAGACCCUCUACCCUCUGCACACCGCCCCCCACUCAGCAACUCCACUGGAGACCUUGUCACUAGCGUGCUAUGAGGACUCUCCUUGGCUUUCGGUCUCACCACCCCAUGCCCAUCCUUGUCUUCUCUUUCUGUUUUUCUGUUUGACCUUCUUCUCUCCCAUAUUCUUUAGGACUUUGUUCCAAUAAAUCAUCUUGAUUUCAGUCUCUCCCUAGAUGCACAGCGUUAGGCAGUAGGAGUGUUUGGGUCCUGUGGCAGAGAUUGCUACUUGCCUACCAAGUACUGUAUCCAGGAUUCUCUAGUUCCACUCAAGCAGCAACGGGACCAGCUAAAGGAUCAAACUCCCAGCCUCUCUUGGAGCUACAGAUUGCCAGAGGGAGGUGGGCACAAGUCGGCUGGGAGUUCUGGGCAAGCUCCAUAAGAGCCACACUGGCAUGUGCCCAUUUUGGGCAUAAUCCCCUUCUACUUUCUGACUAGAGCGUCCAUGUGAUUGCAACCUAGCAUAACAUUCCUGAUGACAUUGUGGGGCCACUAUAACCCAGCUCCUGACUGCCCUCACUAGACUAUUGUUAUUGCAAAAGAAGUAACUCUCAUCCUGGUUUCUCUUAGUAGCGGCUGCAGCAUUUCCUGAGAAAGCCACCAGGCCAUUGCCAAAAAAAUAACAACAAAACAGUCAUCCUAGCUUUCUACUCCCCACUUCUCAAAUUGCUUGACCAACAGAAGAGCAUCUGUAUUCCUGCCUCUACUUCGUCAUUGCCUUCCAGUAACUUCAUGAGUCAGAAUUUAGGACUUCCGUUUCCAGUGUGUGAAGAACUAGGCACUCGGAGGGGGUGUGGGUGAAAAGGGGGCCUGGCAAGCACAGAGGAGGCCUGAUGGCUGGUCUUACAAACUCAGAGGCUGAAAGUAACCACAAAAGAGGGUCUGAAAUGAAAACUUCCUAACUAAACAAGUCACGGCGAGUAGUCAUGCCCUAAGCCUGUAUCUUCCUUUACGAAGAUGAGUCUUUACCUUAACCGAGCCUGUCUAAUCUUUUUGUAUCUACUAUAACAUACCUUGGGAAUGUCAGUGUAACUUCCUUUUUUCAGGACCCGUUACUACACCAGCGCAGAGACCACAAAACCGCUCGUUGUUGUGUUAAUUAAUUGUUAACUAUUCUAUACCCACCAAUGUAAAAGAAGCAUGUGUCUAUUUGUUUUAUGCAAUCCCAGAGAUUUCCCCACUUUUCUUUCUCCCACCUCCCUAAUCUGUCACCAGUGGGUUUCAUGUAACCCUCCUUAGGCCUCAUCCUUUGAUUGUAAUGUAUAAAAUGAGGUGCAAAACUGCCAUUCUCUGGAGCAUUUUCUCAGUCUGUUGAGAUUUUGCUUCCUGGCAAUUGUCAUCAGUUUGACUCAAAUAAACUCGUAAGAAAUCUUA